GCAUUUCAGUUGUUUGUACGACGGGUUCAGGUGCGGUGGCGGUACUAGUGGCACUCCGUCCAAUUAUCGGUCAAACCCAUUAUAAAACAAUAAAUAUCAAGACCGCUUCUGUUUCCAGUUUUAAGUUUCCAGUGUCCAGUAUUUGAGUAUUUGUGCAGCGCCCAUUUAGUUAUGUCGAUUCCGAUGAUUCAGCAACGGAUAAUUACUCAUGGCAGAUAGCUCCCUUAUAAUGCCGAGUGUUACGAGUGCCAAAAAGUUGUGAUAACCAAGUGUGUCCGCCACCGUGGAACAAAGUGCCAUGAAACUGCUGCUGAAAGUUCACUCGGAGCGCACGGCGCGCAGGCGACGAACUCCAGAGCCCAAUGUGACCCCCUCCCGGGACUCAUCAAGAAUCAAUAGCCACAAUGCCAAUGGCAACGGCAACGUAAAUCGCGGUCGCGAUAAAUCGCCAUCGAAGCGCGUCACGCGGAACACCAUCCUGCUGAUUACGCUCAUCCUGCUGGUCCUGGCCACUGCACUGGUGGUGCUCUACGUGGAGCUGAAUCGAUCACGGACCGAGUUGCCCAGAAAAAAAGCCAUCUACUUUGGCAAUAACUACGACCACGACACGUUUCCGAAUCUAGGAAACGGCCACCUGGUCAUCGACAGGAAGCAGUGGGGCGCCGCCAAGACCUCGCGAGACCUCACCAUUCCGCUAAAGUCGCCCAUUCCCUACGUCCUGAUCACCCACAUCGGAGUGCAAUCGCUGCCCUGCGAAAACGUCUACAAGUGCUCCAUCAAGAUGCGCACCAUCCAGGAUUCCGCCGUUGCCGAGAAGCAUUUGCCGGACAUUCAGUCAAAUUUUUAUGUUUCGGAUGAGGGCAACAUCUACGUAGGCCGCGGCUGGGACUGGGCCAACACGUAUGCUAACCAGACGUUAGCCGUUACCUUUAUGGGCGACUACGGCCGGUUUAGGCCCUCGGCCAAGCAAUUGGAAGGUGUCCAGUUUCUGCUGGCCCAUGCAGUGGCCAAUCGAAAUCUAGAGGUGGACUACAAACUAGUGGCCCAAAAUCAGACCAAGUCGAGCAAAAGUCCGGGCGCCUAUGUCUUUGAAGAGAUCCGGAACUGGCCGCACUUCUACGGCUGCAACAUGGACGGAGCUCCGGCCUGCGGCAUCGAACUGGGAAUGAAACCGGAAUCGUGGGAUAGCAAGCAAUAGCGACAGACUUCUUACCACCUAUGUGUAUCCAAGCACAAAAUAUAUUUAAUACUUAUACUAA